AACCUCACAACGUCCACAAGGAGGCCCUCAACACGUCGACGUUCAAAUGGAAUGGAUAGCAAUCAGGCCAAGACACAUGUUUGCCCCGUUACACAAUGUCAACAACGUUUUAAACGUCUAGAACACUUGAAGCGUCAUAUGCGUAUCCAUACUCAGGAGAGACCCUUCAGUUGUCCUAGUUGUCAAAAGGCCUUUAGUCGAUCUGAUAAUCUCUCUCAACAUAUGAAGACACAUCAACGU